UCAGAAAGGGCACGUUCAGAGGUUAGAACGCCCCGCGCAAAAUUGUUGUCUAAAAUUAUUUUCGUCUUUUAUCGGUUUUCUGAAUCAUUUAGUUUGUGUCGUGUUUUUUUAUAAAUCCUUAUUGUAACAAAUUGCCAACAGCGAAAAACUCGAAAGGUUUUAAAAUCGAAAUAUGUAAAGUGUGUGAGUGGCCGUCCCCUUUAAAUAUUAUUUAUAUCCGUCCAUGACUUUUAUUCUUGUUUUGGAUAAAACAGCUGUUUGGUGUGUUUUACUUUUGUUUACAACUUCAAGCGAUAAAAACAAUUGAUUUUUGUUUAGAAAUGGUUAAGUUGAAACAAUUGGCUAUCCAUUUGUAUCGGCAAUAUGAGCUGAUCACGUGCAUUAACAUGCUGGAGCCGUGGGAACGAAAGCUAAUCAAUGGUUUCUUCUUGCUAAUACUGGCGCUGAUAAUCUUCUCCAGCUUCGUUUACUUGCCCGCUUACAUGCAGACACUGAUGCAGUUCAUCAUGCCGGCAAGCUGGAAUAGUGUGUCCAUGACCAAUGCCCAAGUGGCACAAAAAAUGGCCGGCAGCCACUAAACAACCUGCUUUUGUACUGUACCAACUGUAUGAGACUUACGACGAGAUGCUCGUGAUUUGGAAGACAUUUAUAAUCUAAUGAUAACACUUUUGUGAUUUACUUUUAUUGUUUCGAACACUGUAAAUACUUUGUUGUGCCAAACCAUAUUUGCUUUAUCCAUUUAAA